UCAUCCAAUUCGCGAGGCUCUCACGUCGCGUUAAAGAUAUCUUAGGCGGCACUCAACCACAACUUCCAAGCCCAACACAAUUCUCUGUCGUGACCAUAGAGUCACAAGAGCGCGCGCGGAUUUCCAAUUCAAUUCAAUUCAUAUUUCUCCACCACUUUUGUUAGUCUCUGAAGCAUCCGCGGCGUCUUGGUAACGUCCCCUCGCUCCGUCGCAUUUCUACAGCUCCACAGCAAGCCAAUAUCCACCGUACCUGACAGCCAAUAUGCCUCCUCGUAAGUCAAUCGUUGCCCCACUUCCCAGAACGAAUGCGCCGCAUAUAUUGGUUGCGCAAAUCGAGAAACAACCCAGCUAACGGUACGGCGCAUAGAACUUUCUGAUGACGAACGAUCUGAGAGCGCAAGCUCUGCCUCACCUCCACCCUCUCGUACCGUCCCAGUAAACACGGCUACAUCAAAGACCACGCCGAAGCCCAGGCAGAACGGCAAAGGCAAAGCAGCUUCAGAGGAAGAUGAGGUGUCGGUAGUGGAGGAGAAGGAGGCCAGUGAAGGCGAAGACGAAGAUGACGAGGAGAUUGGAGAGGAUGAGUACGUGAAUGCGACGGGUUCUCGAUCAACCAUUGGCUAAAGUCGGACGUUGCAGAUACGUAGUUGAGAAGAUUUGCAAUCAUACAAUUGAUGAUGAGGUAGGAGAUGCGGUGCGCGCGGAAAACGGAAAGAAAAGUGACUAAAUAUGUCAUAGACUGGCGAAUUGAGAUUUGAAGUCAAGUGGGAGGGUUAUUCUAAAAAGUCUGAUCGCACAUGGGAGCCAAAGGAGAAUCUGUUCGUCCCACCAUCUUUCAAACGGGAUGACUAUGUACUAAUCGAUGAUUCAGAGUCACCGCAUCCGCCAUCUUGGACGAGUACCUCGCGAAGUUCGGAGGUGAAGAGGCGUUGAAGCAGAUUUACGAAGAUCAAAAGACCGCUAACGCCGAUUCAAAGGGAGCGGGACGAAAGCGCGGUAGAUCUAGUGCUGGUGUAAGCAAUGGAGGUCCAUCGAAAAAGGGUCGGAAGAGCCAUCCAGCAUCUGCAACACCACCACCAGCUAUUAAAGAAUUCAAGCCUCCAACUGGAAGCUGGGAGGAAGAUGUUGUUGGGAUUGAUGCUUGCGAGGGUACCGAGGGAGAUGUUAUUGUCUACUUGACAUGGAAGGGCAAUCACAAAACACAGCAUCCGCUGUCACAAGUUUACAAGCGCUGCCCACAAAGAGUAAGGAGUGACUCGAACGAACGUUUGGAAGAUGAUACUAACGAUAUUCAGAUGUUGAAAUUCUACGAGCAGCACUUGGUUUUCAAGAAGACGGACGUUGGAGAUGACUAGCAAUUUCGUGCUUUUUUCCCACAUCCACCCACUUACCCAUCUGUGCAAAUUCUCCAAGUUCUCAGCAAUUCUCCGAUCACAGCUCAUGCCUUUAUAACAAACUUCGUCAUUCGAUUGUUUUUAGGUUCUCUUCCCUGUAUUCUUGCGGAAGUUUUCGUAUGUCCAUUCAUCCUUCCUGGAAGAUAAGAUGGAUACAGGAUAACGCGAGGUGCAGGUUUCUUUUACGCUUAAUUAAACAUGUACAGAUAGUAGUGGAAGGAAAAGCGAAGGCAGCACCUGAAUACAACUACAAGAUUUGCAAAUCCAAUUUUUUCUGCCAGGCGUUUGUGAAAGGAUAUUUUUGUGUUUUCCUAUAAAGGAUAUAAAAUUCGAAGGCUAAGUUAUUGUGUGGAGUUUAUUGUAUGUUGGAUUUCUUGUAUGACUGGAAGUGAUUGGAUUUGCAAAGCAUUAUUAUCCAAUGCUAUGCGCAUGGCAUGUAUUCUGC